AUUCCACACAUUUCAUCCACUUCUCCCCUUCCAUCUCUUCAAUUGUAAGCACCCGCCAAUUCUAAACUGUAAACUCAAUUUCUCAUUAAUUAAUACUCUAUUUUUUAUUCAGUUUCUCAAAAUUUGUGUGGAUAUAAGUUCAUUUUGGAGAGACGAGUUGAUUUUCAGAUAAAAAUGGCGGCUGUGAGUUUGAGUUUCAAUCUGGCGGGGGCGUUCAAAGGGCUUUCCAUCGGCUCCAGCUCCUCGUCUUCAUUUUUCAGAGGCGAUUUCGGUUCGAUUCACAUGGGGCAGAACGCCGCCGUUCUGCUUCCGAUGAAGCCGCCGCUGACGAUUGAGUCGGCGCACAAGAAAGGAGCUGGAAGUACUAAGAACGGCCGUGACUCGCCGGGCCAACGGCUUGGAGUCAAAAUCUUCGGCGAUCAAGCAGCCAAGGCUGGCUCCAUUAUCGUCCGCCAACGCGGCACCAAGUUUCAUCCCGGCAACAACGUUGGGCUCGGUAGAGACCACACUAUUUUUGCCUUGAUUGAUGGACUAGUGAAAUUUGAGAAGUUUGGACCAGACAAGAAAAAGAUUAGUGUCUACCCCCGAGAAGUGCAACCCGAGAACCCCAACAGUUACAGAGCACGAAAGAGGGAAUCGUUCAGAUUACAACGUGAGCGAAGGAGAGCUAGAAAAGAAAUCAGAGAAGGCAUAGUGGCUCAGCCUCAACUGGUUCUUGCCUCUGCUGCUGAAGAUGCAGCAGUUUGUUAGCCAGCUUCAGUGUUUAUUGUUUGUAUUCAACGAUCACGAGUUUGACCGAAUUUGAUAUCCCUUUAUCCCCUUUGAGCUUAUUUCAAGUUAAAUUUAAUAAACUAUUUACAAAUAA